CAUGGAACGGACAGGGCGACGGUCACUUAACUGACAAUACUCAACCAUAAUGACAAGUCUUUGUGAGGUCUGCGCCUCGGAGCCUUUCAAAUACCGAUGCCCUACAUGUGGGCUUAUGAGCUGUUCUCUCGGAUGUACUCGUACCCAUAAAAUUUACUGCGCCCCUAAGGUGCCCAAGAACCCCGAAGAUGCGGCCGAACAACAAUCACAUCCCAGUGAAACCAAUGGACAUAUAACCGGUGCCGAAGGACAGCCUGUUGCGGAUGGACAAGACUUGACACCCCAGAAACUGUCGAUACAGAUUAAGGACCUUUUUGAACGUUACCCGCCUCUCCGCGAUCAAUUACGAGACAUCUAUAAGGCUACUCUAGAGGAACAAUGGGUAGAGGGACCGGCGCACAAGGAUAGACCACGCCGUUUUGGAAGAGGAAAACCACCUCCGCGCGGUCAUGGGCCGUGGACAAGGGAAAAGGGCUUUAAGAGGGGCCUGGGAAAGGUUCGAAAAUUUCGGGGCCAGUGUGAGGAUGGCUCGGAGACCGGCAAAGGCGCCGAAGGCUUCAUGCGGCUUCUGACUCUUGUGAACGAGGGGCAUUUGCAGGAGCACCAGUGA